AUGUAUCUCAGUGUACUUCUGGCUACCAUUCAAGUAGUGCUCGGCAUUCAGACUCUGCGAACCGAGCCUGCUCCCCUAUUCCUCCGUACCGAAGAUACUGAUGUCAUCGCUGAUCGCUACAUCAUCAAAUUGAGAGACACAAAAUCUCGAACUUCACUGAACUACGCCAUAAAUACUCUUCAAAUUGCCCCUGAGCACACAUUUGAGCAUGUUUUUAAAGGGUUCGCCAGCGAGCUCUCCCCAGAAGCUCUGAACGUCCUUCGCAACCAUCCAGAUGUUGAGUACAUUGAGCAAGACUCUAAUGUCUCGGUGGAUGGCUUUGUUGAGCAAUCUGAUGUACAAUGGGGGCUUGCGCGAAUUUCCCACCGUGAAUCUAAUUUCUCAACUUAUGCAUAUGAUAGUAGUGCCGGAGAGGGAACCUGUGCCUAUGUGCUUGAUAGUGGAAUUGAUGUUGCACAUCCUGACUUUGGGGGUCGAGCCAGCUGGCUUGCCAAUUUCAUUGAUUCGUCGAAUCGUGAUGGGAAAGGUCAUGGGACGCAUGUGGCCGGUAUCAUCGGCUCCAACACAUAUGGUGUUGCAAAGAAAACAACACUCUAUGCCGUGAAAGUGAUUGGUAACGGCGGCAUGGGAACAACAUCUAGCAUGAUUGCUGGUCUUGAAUUUGUACUUGCCGAUGCCCCAGCGCGCCAUUGCCCAAAGGGUGUCGUAGCCAAUAUGUCGUUGCGAGAUAAGCCAUCAGCAUCACUCAACGCUGCCGCUGCCGCCCUGGUUAGCAAUAACAUCUUCCUCGCGGUUUCAGCGGGAAAUAACAAUCUCGACACGUCUAGCCAGUCUCCGGCCUCUGAACCGACUGUGUGUACCGUUGGCGCCACAAACUCCACGGAUGCUCGCUGGGAAUACUCGAACUAUGGCCCUGGGGUAGAUGUUUUUGCACCAGGAGUGUCCGUCUUGUCUACAUCUCCUGGUAAUUGGACUAGUGUCAAGUCCGGGACAUCCCAGGCUUCGCCCCAUGUAGCCGGGUUGGCUGCCUACCUCGCCGCCAUGGAGGGGUUUCCAGGAGCAGAUGCGCUCUGCAAUCGGAUUAAAGGGCUUGCCACGGACGGAAUACUGUCAAAUAUUCCUGACGAUACUGUUAACAAACUUGUCUUCAACGGAAACCCUAGCGGUUAA